UGCGACGUGGAAAGGAAGUGGUGAGCAGGCUAAUGCUAGCUGGGCUACAAGUUGAGAGCGACCAAAACAAACGAUGACGACCGAGCAAAGAAGCCGAGAAAAGCAUAUGUUAUUUAUAAGAAUACGUUUGCUUUGAUAGUUGUGGUAGAGCUCAGGAUUCGGUGUUAGAGAUGCCUAUAUUUCUACACGAUUGACUUGUAGAGAUUAUGCGAUUUUGGGUACCAGCUGGCCAGUUUGCGAGCUGUUACUGUAUCUGGGAUUGAUGCCGCCCCUGUACACUAACCUUAUGCUAACUAGCUAGGUGGUAGCUAGCUGUCAACGAAGCCUUUCUGGACAGAACUAAUUUUGAAAUAGCUAAAUAUUGUUCAUACCAGGUUAUCGCUGAUACUGAAACAUGCAGAGACAGUUAAAGUGGCUGUGUUUUGUGUGGUGACGCCGAACUCCCUGUUAGCUAUCAGAUCCGUUGAGCAGUCUCUGAACUUGCUGGUAUCGUUAGCUAGCUAGCUUCAUAGUCAACAUGAGUUGGUUCAACGCAUCUCACCUGUCCAGCUUCGCUAAACAAGCUUUAACAACAGCUCAGAAAUCAAUCGACCGAGUUCUGGACAUCAAAGAAGAGGGGGACCAAUGGGGAGACACAACUGUAAUGCCCUUCGAUGAUGUCACAAUACCUGGAAAGCUGUCACUAAGUGGAGGAUGGGGAAUGACGCAGUGGGAAGCACCACCUGAAGAAAAGACCAUCACUCCCCCUCCCUCCUCUGAGGCCAUUACUACUCCAGUCACCCGCACAGUUGUGGAUGAAUCCGAAAACUUUUUCAGUGCCUUUCUGUCACCUGGAGAUGCACCAAGUGUCACCAAAGCCCAGGUAGUGUCUGUACCCCCCGCUAAGUCCCAAAGGCGGCCUCAGGAGAAGGAAAAGAAAAGCAAAGAGGCUGUGGUCCAAAUAGAUGUGGACUCCCAAAAGUCAGGAUCUGCUGAUAAGAGUCAUGAGAAUCAGACAGUUGCUGACGGCCAGCCCAUGGAGUCUGAGUCUUUGCCAGAAACUCCUUAUCCUGACACUGUCCUCUUGCAGCCAGUUUCUCCUGUUUCUGCUUGCAGUGAUCUUCCUUGUAACCCUGACAGCAAAACGACCAAUACGAGCAGAGUAAAAACAGAUGUUGGCUCUACAGAUUCUGUGGACUCAAAAACAGAGCAGCCACAGACUCCGUCAGAACACCAGGUUGAUCAGAGUGCCGCAGAGCCCUCUGAACCUUCUGCUGUCAACUCUGAACCUAAAAGCUCUACCCCUUCUGAUCCAUCACCCCCCCAGUCCUCUAAGGAAGUACUCCUAGAGCAAAAAGACUCAAAGGUUGAGGACCGUCAAAACGAUACCCCCUCCCCUCCAGUCAGCGCCUUCUCCUCAGGAACCUCUACCACCAGUGACAUUGAAGUGCUGGACCAUGAGAGUGUGUUGAGUGAGAGCUCAGCUAGCUCCAGACAAGAGACAGGGGAAGGAAAGGGUGGCCUGCACUUAAUGCAGGGCUCCUUCCAGCUUCUCACUGCCUCCACCUGUGGAGAUUUCCCUCGUCUGGAGGACUACCCCAAACUCACGGAGAGCUGCGGCUCCUCCUCAGAUGCAUUUGAGCGCAUUGAUUCAUUCAGUGUGCAGUCACUGGAUAGCCGGAGCGUCAGUGAGGUUAACUCAGAUGAUGAGAUCCCUGGCAGUCGGACACUAGCGUCCGUCACGUCAGGCCCUGCACCUUUAACAGUUGUAUCAUCAGCUGUAUGUCAGAAGCAGGAAGACAGAGUGGUGGAGAAGGAAGGAGAGGUGGAGGAAGAAGAAGAGGAGGAGGAAGAGGGCUUCACUGAAACCAUGAGGGAACAGUCACUGGAUGAGAUGGAGGAGAGUGGACGGAGUGCGACACCUGUGAAUAGUGAGCAGCCUGAAGAGUUGACAGAGCAGGAACAGGAAUCUGAGGCUAAUGUCACUCUGUCUGAUCCCACCUCCAAAGCAGACGAACAGCUCACUCCACCAAUCACAGAGGAGAUGAAAAGUGUAUCAACAUUUCAGAUUCUGGAGCUUCAAAAGGUCAUUGAUGAGCUGUCAGGCCGCCUUGAGAAGAGAGAGUCUCAGCUGUUGGCAGUCAGCAAAGACAAGGCUAGACUGGAGGAGGACUGUGACAAUCUCAAAGAUGAAGUGAUAAGCCUGAAGGAGGAGAGCUCCACUGUUCAGUCGCUUAAGGAUGAGUUCACCCAGCGCAUAGCAGAUGCAGAGAGGAAGGCUCAGCUGGCCUGCAAAGAAAGAGACAUAGCCAAGAAGGAGAUAAAGGGCUUGCGAGAGGAGCUCUCUACAAGACUAAACUCCAGUGAUACAAUGGAGAUCAUUAAAGAGAAGGAAGAGCAGAUCAGAGGGCUGCUGGAAGAGGGUGAAAAGUUGUCCAAGCAGCAGCUGCAGCACAGCAACAUCAUCAAGAAACUGCGUGUGAAGGAGAAGGAGAGUGACACAAAGAUCAACAAGCAACAGAAGAAAGUCAAGGAGCAGGAGGAAGAGCUCAGGCACCUGCAGCAGGUUCUGGAUGGGAAGGAGGAGGUGGAGAAACAGCACAGGGACAACAUCAAGAAGCUGAACGGUGUGGUGGAGCGGCAGGAGAAGGAGCUGAGCAGGCUGCAGACAGACUCUGAGGAGCUGCAGGAGAAGAACAGGAGUCUCCAGGCUGCUCUGGACAACUCUUACAAGGAGCUGGCAGAACUUCACAAGGCUAAUGCCAGCAGAGCCAGUGAGGUUGAAGAAGCAGCCCUGAGCAGGGAAACACAGGCCAAGGAGCAGCUCAGCCUGGCUCUUGAGAAGGCCCAGGAGGAGGGCAGGAUGCAGCAGGAGGCCCUGGCCAACCAGGUGGCUGACUUGAGGCUGGCCCUGCAGAGAGCUGAGCAACAGCAGGCGAGGAAAGAAGAUUAUUUGAGGGAGGAGAUCAGCGAGCUGCAGCAGAGGCUCCAGGAGGCAGAGACUAGGAACCAAGAGCUUAGUCAGAGCGUUACCUCGGCAACACGGCCUCUACUGCGACAAAUUGAGAACUUACAGGCCUCACUGGGUGGACAAACAGCAUCCUGGGAAAAACUGGAGAAGAACAUCUCCGAUAGGUUAGUGGAUGCCCAGGCGCAGCUGGCUGUCGCCGUGGAGAAAGAACGUUCAGCAACAGAAGAACUGCUGUCCAUCAAGUCCCAGCUGGCCUCUGUUGAGUCCCAGAAUUCCCUGCUCCGCCAGGAGAAGGCUCGACUCCUGGCGCAGACGGAGGCCGAGAAGAACAAGAGAGAGAAAUUGGAAGAUGAGAGCAGCAGGGAGCAUGUUGAAUUGGAGAAUCUGCGAGGAGAACACAGUCGAAUGCUGGAAGAAGCGAAGAAAGAAAAGCUGCUGCUUGCCAAUCAACUAGAAAUGGAGAAGAUGAAGGUGGAGCAAGAGAAGAAGAAAUGCUAUUUAGCACAAGAGGCACUCAAGGAAAAGGAGCGGAAAGCCAUGACCCACUCUGUAGGAGAGCCUCCAGCCUCUUCCACACCUUCACUGUCCCGCUCUAGCUCCAUCAGUGGGGUGGACAAUGCUGGUCUGCACACUUCUAUUCUUUCCCAGGAUGACUCUUUAGACCACUCGCUGGGCACCAUGACCAUGUCUAUGUCGAUGAGCGGGACCAACUUGUAUGAGGCCGCCAGGCUCUCUGGAGGCUCCAGCAUCAUAGAGAACCUCCAGUCUCAACUCAAACUGAGAGAAGGGGAAAUAGCACAGCUGCAGCUUGAGAUCUCUGGUCUGGAGAGGAGUCGUUCUGUGAUGGCGGAAGAGCUGGUUCGACUCACCAAUCAAAACGAUGAGAUGGAGGAGAAGGUGAAGGAGAUCCCCAAGUUGAAAAUUCAGCUCAAGGAUCUUGAGCAGAGGCACAACACUAUCCUGCAGAUGUACGGAGAAAAGGCUGAAGAGGCAGAGGAGCUGAGACUGGACCUUGAAGAUGUGAAGAACAUGUACAAAACACAGAUUGAUGAACUGCUACAGAACCAGAAAUAAACUAGAUUAUUGUACUUAGUUUUUUUCUGGGAUACUCACAAAGAAACCAGUUGACCACCACAUGCAUUCACUAAAAAAGAUUGGGCAGAGAAUUUAAGUUUCAUCACUGUCGAAAGAAAAUUCAUCUAUCUUUAUAUAUUAUUUUAUUUUAAUUAAUUAUCAUGUACUCUAUUUAAGUGGGGACGUUGGGAUUAUGCAUAAUCUACAAUGCAUAUUACAGAAUCAGUAUGAAGGAUAGCUGCAGUCUAAUUCAGGUGUUCCAUUUGAAAUCUUUGGGACUUAGUACAAACUUUAGACAUAAUUUCCCACAAUUAAACCUUUGACAUGGUAUUGUAUAGACAGUUUUUAACUGUAGGAGAUGGUGAAGGGUUUUGCACUAUACAAAUUCAUCCUUCUUAAUACAUCAUCAGAAUACUUUACGAAAUAUAUAAAAAUAUUGUACAGAGAAAUUUAUGUUUUGUUCAUAACUCCUUAAAGAUCACAAAAUGUGGCGUAAACCUGAGAGUAGUCUGUGAUUGAAAUCCUGAAGAUUGGAUUUUAAACUGUAUAAAUAUGUAAAUGAAUAAACAUCUAUUUGAGUGGUGAGAAAUACUUGUCAUUAUUAAUUUAAAUUGUGUGGAAUCACUCAUGAGAAACUGAUUUUCAUAGAAUUCAUACUAAAUACAUUUUAGAAACGCUACACAAUACUCUUCAAAUAAAUCACUGUGUUUUAAACAAUUUCAUCCAGUUGACUACUUUGUAAUUUUACUCAAGACAAGCCAUACUUGUAAAAUGUGAUUGAUUUAAUUAAAACACAUAUAAUGUACUUCCAAAAUUGUGAGGAACAGGUGUAAGGGAAAACAUUUAAUAAAUCAAAUUUGUU